CAGAGCAACCCAAAGACAUACAAACGCUGUGGCGGAGAUGGUAGCAUAGGCCAGGUCUACUUGUCGUCCAAGGGAAUCAACUACGAUGGCUUCUACAAGGAGGCGGCCAUAGUUGACCAAAGGCUGGCUGUGUCUAUUUCAAUGGGCUUUGUCAGCGCCAAGAAUCCUAGGAGAUCUAGUAGUAAGUAGACAAACCGUUAUGGUUAAGAGGCUUCUAUCACAAAAUGGUCAAGUCUACAUUUUAAAAAAAUGUCUUUUGGUCAACAAAAUAUGCUAAAAUUAUUUUUGUGAAACAUAGUCAGUCCAGUUUGGAUUUUAGAUUAAACAACCAUCAACAUUUUUUUCCCCGUAUAAAUCCUUUAUGAAACGUAAUAUCAAGUGGGAGGGGGGGGGGCUGAAAUUUGACAAAAACAUGCAUACAAGUAACGCACUUGAUAAGAAUCCCAGUUAGUGCUCGUCCCUCAAGGCUCACAACGGCACUUUAUAAGAAUCCCAGUUAGUGCUCAUCCCUCAAGGCUCACAACGGCACUUUGUAAGAAUCCCAGUUAGUGCUCGUCCCUCAAGGCUCACAACGGCACUUUAUAAGAAUCCCAGUUAGUGCUCGUCCCUCAAGGCUCACAACGGCACUUUAUAAGAAUCCCAGUUAGUGCUCGUCCCUCAAGGCUCACAACGGCACUUGAUAAGAAUCCCAGUUAGUGCUCGUCCCUCAAGGCUCACAACGGCACUUGAUAAGAAUCCCAGUUAGUGCUCGUCCCUCAAGGCUCACAACGGCACUUGAUAAGAAUCCCAGUUAGUGCUCGUCCCUCAAGGCUCACAACGGCACUUGAUAAGAAUCCCAGUUAGUGCUCGUCCCUCAAGGCUCACAACGGCACUUGAUAAGAAUCCCAGUUAGUGCUCGUCCCUCAAGGCUCACAACGGCACUUGAUAAGAAUCCCAGUUAGUGCUCGUCCCUCAAGGCUCACAACGGCACUUGAUAAGAAUCCCAGUUAGUGCUCGUCCCUCAAGGCUCACAACGGCACUUGAUAAGAAUCCCAGUUAGUGCUCGUCCCUCAAGGCUCACAACGGCACUUGAUAAGAAUCCCAGUUAGUGCUCGUCCCUCAAGGCUCACAACGGCACUUGAUAAGAAUCCCAGUUAGUGCUCGUCCCUCAAGGCUCACAACGGCACUUGAUAAGAAUCCCAGUUAGUGCUCGUCCCUCAAGGCUCACAACGGCACUUGAUAAGAAUCCCAGUUAGUGCUCGUCCCUCAAGGCUCACAACGGCACUUGAUAAGAAUCCCAGUUAGUGCUCGUCCCUCAAGGCUCACAACGGCACUUGAUAAGAAUCCCAGUUAGUGCUCGUCCCUCAAGGCUCACAACGGCACUUGAUAAGAAUCCCAGUUAGUGCUCGUCCCUCAAGGCUCACAACGGCACUUUAUAAGAAUCCCAGUUAGUGCUCGUCCCUCAAGGCUCACAACGGCACUUUAUAAGAAUCCCAGUUAGUGCUCGUCCCUCGAGGCUCACAACGGCACUUUAUAAGAAUCCCAGUUAGUGCUCGUCCCUCAAGGCUCACAACGGCACAUUUUUUUUCAUGCCCCUGAACUAUAUUAAUUUUCUAAUGACCCACCCGGUUUUACACCACAGGGGUCGUCCAUUAAUUACGUCAACAAUUUUUCCACAAUUCUUUAUCCCAUCCCCCUCCCCCCCUUGUCAACAACUGUCAAACUUUCAAUGACUCCGCCAUUUAAUUAUGUCAACAUUUUAUACCCCCCACCCCCCAAAAAAAAUAAAUUAUGAAUUAUAAUAUCAAUAAAUUUAUAAAAACGUUUUACUUUGUGCUGAUGUAUUUUUUAACACAAAGUCUUGAGCUUGUUAAUCAACAAGUUAGAAAGGUUUUUUUUACACUUACAUUUUGUAAUGCAGAAUCCAUUAAAAGAUUGUUAAAGACUAAAUAUCAUUGUUUGUGGAAGUAUAAAUAUGAUUAUUGUCACUAUAGCUGACAAUUAUAGUAUAGUUUCUAUCUGCUAUUAUCUUCCCAUGGGGUAGCCAGGUGUUGCUCUAUCCUGAAAUGGGCAUCAGGGACAUCAUUUGGGUAGGGCAGGGGGGCUGGUUUUAUUUAAAUUGCUAUGUACUCUGGCGCCUCCAGUAAUAAACAACUUAACAAGCCGACCAAGUUUUGGUUUUGCCCCCCUCCCCCCUUUCCCCUGAAAAAACCUGAAAGGACGCCCCUGAUGGGCAUAGUCAAUAGUAGCUGAUUUAUCUUGCGGAACGAACUGAUAUACCAGACAAGUCAACAUCAUCCUAAUCUAACCAUUCAGCAUCUAAAAUAGAAGUAUUGUCUGUAUGAGCAAUAGUUGUCUUUGAUUUGGUAUAGUUGUUAUUGAACACUGAUGAGUUAGUGUUUUUUUAAUUGAACAGCGUGUUCAAUGAUGUGUUAAUCAUUCUAGGGAGCGGAUUAAGAGAAAAUUGACACGUGAAGAGAUGCCAACUUUUGACUUCGCUUGCAUUAACAAAGUGUGCUAACAUUCUGACCAGCCAUCUGCAUUUCACAGACAGACACACAUUAAAUAACUCUUAUAUUGUUAAAAACCUUAACAUAUAUGACUAUUUACACUUAUUAAAUUGUUUAAAAUAAUUUAAGAACUAGUCAAUUUUUAAGAUUAAAAUUUUAAUAGAAAAAACAUGAUUGUUGACGUCAAAUAAUCUAACACCCCCCCCCUGUCAAAAACUGACAAAAAUUUCCAAACCACCUCCCCACUAUUUUGUUGACGUAGCUAAUGUACGCCCCCACAGACUUAUUUAACUAACCAUUUCAGAAAAACAAAAGAAAAUAUUACAUACCAAACGCACUUGCCAUAUUUUUUUUAAAAGAAUCUCAGCGCAGUCAUCUGGAAUUUUAGUUCGUGAAAUCAUGUUUCCGUCAUCUUCCGUUGAAACACAGGAAAACUGAUUUUUUUUGGGGUUGGGGGAUGGGACUGAAAAUUUGAUAGAAUGUGUUGUCAUUGACAACGAGUCUAUGUGCCAAGUUUCAACUCAAUAGGCUGACCGGAGUGGGUCAAUUAGCCAUCUGAAGAUUUUUUCAGCUUGUCAGCCACAAACAAAAGCAAAGUUAAUAUAAAGGAUUUUUAAAAAAAAAAAGGAUUUAUGCAAAAUUAGAAAAAAAAGAAGAGGGCAAAAGAUCCUCAUGUCCCAUAAGGUGUCAGUAACAUCAAGUAGUAGGCUUAGUGACAUUUAGUAGGCUAACAUCAAGUAGGCUUAGUGACAUUUAGUAGGCUAACAUCAAGUAGGCUUAGUGACAUUUAGUAGGCUAACAUCAAGUAGGCUUAGUGACAUUUAGUAGGCUAACAUCAAGUAGGCUUAGUGACAUUUAGUAGGCUAACAUCAAGUAGGCUUAGUGACAUUUAGUAGGCUAACAUCAAGUAGGCUUAGUGACAUUUAGUAGGCUAACAUCAAGUAGGCUUAGUGACAUUUAGUAGGCUAACAUCAAGUAGGCUUAGUGACAUUUAGUAGGCUAACAUCAAGUAGGCUUAGUGACAUUUAGUAGGCUAACAUCAAGUAGGCCUAGUGACAUUUAGUAGGCUAACAUCAAGUAGGCUUAGUGACAUUUAGUAGACUAUCACUUUGCACGUAUUUGUCCCACGUUGACAGAACUAAAGGGCCAAGUCUGUUUUAUAAUUACAUAAGACUUCAAGUGUAAAUAACAGGAUAAUACAAAAGAUGGCAAUAACAUUUUUUGGGGAGCAAUGUUAAUUUUUUAAUGAGUUCAUUAAUCGUGAAUUAAUUGCUCUCACUGGUUUAAUCCUAAAGCUGGAGUAACCAAGGCGCUCCUCCGUGCUCAUGAUUCAUGUGGACGAGUUUGUCACGCAGCUUGUAAAGAUCCCAUCACUCAGGACUUCAAAGACUGUAGUGGAGCUGUAGCCAUU